CACACACACACACACACAGGAAACACUGCUCACCGUAUUAGAUGUCAGAGUUUUGGCGCGCCAGCUCGUCACUGGAGGAACACACAGUCAUCUGUAGCAUGAGAGAGAAUGGAGCGCUGCAGACAUGUGUUUCAAAUCUCAGGGAUCAAGAGCCCUGAAAAGAAGAGAGUUUUGAUCCAAGGGAUCCAGCAGCUGAGGGGGAAGUACAUUGGUGGCUCAGUCUAUCAGGACAUCAGCACCCAUCUCAUAAUCCCUCAGGUUUUGUCCAGUGAGAAGUUUUUGGCAGCCUGUGCUGCAGGAAAGUGGGUUGUGACUCCAGACUAUGUUUUGGACAGUGUUAGGAAUGGCUCUUGGCUUGCAGAGGGACCCUAUGAAGUGGCCAUUUCCACAGGUGCCACAUCCACCUUCUACCCUGUCAGACAGUGGAGGGAGAAGGUGGCCAGUGGAAGACUAACAGGGGCCUUCCAGGGUUGGAGGGUUCUUCUUAUGAUCAAAGAGCCUACUCGCAGGGCCAUGUUCAAACGGCUCUUAAAAGCCGGCAUGGCCAAAGUAUACCGCUCUCCUGUUCCCCCUCAAGCCGCCAUCACUCAUGUCAUGGCUAAACCUGUUACAGAGAACUCAAACUCCCUUAAUGCUCCUUGUUAUCCUGUAACCCAUAUUGUCCAGCAUCUCUUUGGGAGCAACUGUGCAGAUAUGAAUUUCCAUGUAACAAAUGAUCUCCCAGCUGAGAUGAAGGAGGACAGUUUUGUUGAUGUUGACUUGUCUAAGCUUGAAGCGGAGCUCAGGGACUAUGUCGUCAAACAGCAGGGCCGGCCAAGACUGUGUUUCCUUGAAUUUCUGGGUUACCAUGACCCCCAUCGUCCACAGUUACAGGCAACCGAAACAGACUUCAGCAAUGUUGGUAGUAUGAUAGAGUGUGGUCUCUUCAUUGAAGCCUUGGACUCAAUCAGAAGUGCAGUGUUCCCAGGUCUGCUGCCACCAGCGCAGUACCUGGUUUCUCUCUUAGAGUACGCACAGCAGGGUCAUGCCACAACUGUCUUCCUGAGAAAUUUCCAGCAUGUCAUGUAUAGUCUACUCAUUACCAACCCUCCCUGGCUGGCGCCCCAGACAGUGAAAAAUUAUUUUAGUAAGGUGUUACAGUGUCCUCGGUGUAAGACGGGCCUGUGGCCUUUUCUACAGACAGCCAUCAGUUAUUGCCUGUCCAAUGAGUUCUCAUGUCACCCGCUCCCUGGACCUGCUCUGCCAACACUGUUACAUUUCCACAGUGACCUCCUGGCAUUUUCCCUCAAGCUCUUCCAGGGGGAACUCCACUCCAUCACCACUGGGGAUGUUCUACUGCUUCGGGGAACAGGAGUAUCUCAGGUAUCAGCAUCAGGCUGUUUGCUAUAUAGAACAUUCUGGACUGUGUGGGAGCGCUCCACACUGUUGUCUUGUGCUGUGAAACAGCUUGUCCAGCUGCUGGUGCAGGCUGCCACAAAGCACUACGCUGAGAGGGAUGAGAAGCAGAAGCUGCAUCUGGCGACCAUGCUUCUGGACCUCCUGUCUGUGUUGGUGGAGUUCUGGUGUCAGCAGCACUUCAAACUGAACCAGCACCUGGUGGAUAAGGGCCUGAAAGACCUUGCAGAGCACUUCGCUUAUAUUAGCCAGGAUGUGUCUCCAGUGGUUCUGGCAGAGCUGGUUGUCAGCGUGUCCUCCACCCGACUUAAGUUAGUGAUGGCUGAUGCCAUAUUCAGGAGUCUCUGCUGCAGAAAUGGAUUUACUGUGGGAGAUGAACCCCUCUCUCUCAAGAAAAUGGUGCUGUCUUACCUGCCUGCUCUGGGAAGUUUAGUUCAGAGUCCCAGUGGUGCUCGCCACAGGAAUGAACCCACCUCCCACAGCUGCACCAGCCCAGGCACCGGCUGCAGGUCAAGCACUGUGGUGAAUGAAACAAGCACAGAGAAAGAGAACAUCCCUAGAGGUCUGACCAGAGUAAAUGCAGCAGGAGAGACCCUCCUCCACAGAGCUUGCAAGAGGAACCAAGUGGAAACGGUGCUUCAGAUCCUGGCGCUUCCUGGCACGGAUGUCAAUGUUAAAGAUCAUGCAGGCUGGACUCCCCUACAUGAAGCAUGCAACCAUGGCAGCACUGCAUGCGUGGAGGCAUUGCUACGUCACCACCCCAUCCCUGUCAUUAAUAGUCAGGUGGGAGGAGUCAGUCCUCUUCAUGAUGCUCUGCUCAACGGACACAUGGAUAUUGCCAAAAUGCUACUGGAGCACGCAGGCUCAUUUCUCCUCCAACAGACUGAUGGAAUUGGGCGGACUGCACUGGAUCUUGUCUCUGCAACAAGUCAGAGGGAGGAGCUCCUCCACAGUGCUCAGGUCGGUGACUCUACCCUGAGAAAGAAUGUGUCCGAGGGUUUGAACCUUCCCCUCCUGGAGGCCGGAUCCUCUCUGCUGUCACACCUCAUUUUCUCCUACCGGCAAGAGAGGGGCCUUCCGAGGGGCCUUCCUAGCCGCAUACAGUCCAGUGACAAGACCCUGAGUCUGGGGAACAGGCUGGUUCGAGCCCUGGAGAAGAACUCCCUCAAAAAAGUGACUUUGGGCUGGACAGACCAGCGGGCAGUGAGGCUGGUGGUGGAUGUGGAGACAAUGUUGGAGGUCGGCAGAGGGAGUUACCUGGGGCAGGUGUCUCAGGCAGUGAAAGAGUGCAAUGGAGAGAACACUGUGUUGCUUAUGGAGGUACUAGAGGAUUUAAAAUCUCAGGGAGAAGCACUAGUGGCUGACCUGUGACAUUAAUUCAAUGAAAAAGACAUUCAAUGCACAAAUAGGAAAGACGACCUGGUUAAAAUGCUAACCAAAGUGCAUCUGUGUGAGUUAUAUAAUCCACCAUGACCUUAGAACACACCU